UCCAUUGGUUCUUUUUGUUUUCUUAAUUUUGUUUGGUUGAUUUCUUGAUUUGAAUUGAUGGUAAAGAGAAAUGGAUCUAUCUUGGUUGGUGGGAUAAGGAUGAUAACUGCGAGAUUUUUCAUGUGAUUAUAUUAUUUUGUGUCCCUUUUCGUUUGGUUGGUGGGAUAAGGAUAACAAUUCCGAGAAAUUUCAUGUGAUUAUUUUAUUUUGCGUUCAGUCCAUGUGAUAUCCUUGUCUAUUUCAUUCCGCGGCCAAUCAGCUGACCCCUAAGCCGAUGACGAAUAAGCUAGGCAUAAGUCAUAUCUAUUGAUUCAAAGAUUUGAACUUUAGUAAUUUUUAACCUUUAUAUAGUAACUGAUUUGGUGACGGUUAAUUUAGUGACAUUUGUUUUAUGUUUUGCAAAAACUGUAAUUUAAAGUUGGACUUUUUGUUGUUGAAGAUCUUCAAACUCAACAACAAUAACGGUCACGGUAUAUUCCAUAAUGAGGUUUGGGGAGGGGGUAGGUGUACGGAGAGACCUAUGUUGCUCGGUCUCUUCAAAAAUGUCGUUGGGUACGUGUCGGAUCCUUCAAAAGUAGUGGAUCUGACACGGGUGCGGCCACAUUUUUGGAGAGACCGAGCACCUUAGAAGCAGAUUUUACUCCUAUCUUUGUGGGGUUUGUGGAGGGAGAUGUUGUUUCCGCUAGACCCUUGGCUAAGAUAAAGGCCCGGAAAAUGAGUUCUCAACUUUGUGAAAGAUUCGAAGAAUUAAGUUGAGAAAUCUCAAAAAGAUCUUUUUGCUGUCGGGAUUUAAAUCUACUCUUGAAAUUAUUUGUUUCUGGAAGAUUGAUCGAGGUUUCUUACGAAGUUUCAAUGUUUGAUUCGUAGUUCCAAAAUUUCUUCAUGACUUUCUCUAUCCGUAUGCGUAGAAUCCGGAUCCUUCACUCUUUCUCAGUCGUCUUUCUUUACUGGUUCUAUGAUUUUUCAUGAACUAGCCUUCGUCAUUGUCUUGUUCCAGUUUUCGUUAGAAAAGUCCGUAGCCACACUAUCAAAAAGUUUGCUGAUUUAACAAAUUACGCGUAGUUUCUUGUUGUUCUAUUUUUGAUCAUUCAUCAAAUCGGCCCGAGAGACAUGACUUUGACUCCACAAUCCGUGAGUUCUGGUUCGGAUGCUGAUCCGAGGUAUGUAAAGUUUGAUGAAAGGAAAAUGAAGAGAAUGGAAUCCAACCGCCAGUCGACCAAGAGGUCACGGAUGAGGAAGCAGCAGCGUUUGGAGGAGUUAAAGAGCGAAACAACUCAGCUGCAGAACCAGAACAGUAUCUGCCGCGAUAAGAUUGAUUCUGUCGAAAGGAAGUAUCAUUCCGUUGACACUGAGAACAACGUGUUGAGGGCUCAACUCGCAGAACUGACUGAACGGUUGAAUUCGCUGAACGAACUCACUCAAUUCUGGGCUGAUACCACUGGAUUUCCUGUCGACGUUGCUGAAAUUCCCGACAUUUUGCUGGAGCCGUGGCAACUGCCGUGCCCAACUCAUGCUAUCGCUGCUUCCGAUAUGUUCCAAUUUUGAGCUGCUGGUCUGAUUAUUGACAUUCAAAUAGCUAGUUUGUUGUGGUCUAGUAGUUUGUAGCUAAGUUGCUCGGACUCUCCAAAAAUGUUGCCACACCCGUGUUGGAUCCUUCAAAUUUACACUAUUUUUGGAGGAUCCGACACGCACCCCUUGACAUUUUUGAACAGUCCAAGCAACAUAGGUUUGUAGUAGUAUUUUGUCAGAUAUUUGGUUUCUAUGUUUAUAUAUAUGCAUCUUGGUGUAAUUUGGAUGAUAUUGGGCUUUUUGUUUCAAAGGUAUUUCUUCAUUCUGUGA